GGUUUUAUUAAUAUGGAUCAAGUCAAAUGUGAAGAAUUUCUGCAUUCUUCGUUGCGUGUUGUUUCCAUUUUUGUUUCUUUGACAUAGUUUUUAUUUUUUAUUUUAUUUUUUCCAUAAUAUUUGCGGGAAAAUUAAUAAAUGUAUAAAUACAGAAAUCUCCAACUGAUUUCCCUCUCAACUCAAACGAUUGUCUCACAGCUCGCCUGAGGCUACUGAAUACGAUCAUGGCCGACGUCGCCACCCUCUCGUGUGCUCGUUGCAGCAAACCCGCCAAUCUUCAGUGUCCCAAGUGUGUGGAAUUGAAGCUUCCUCGUGAAGAUGCCGCUUUCUGCACUCAGGAUUGUUUUAAGGCUUCGUGGAGCUCGCAUAAAUCAGUACAUUUAAAGGCCAAACAGUCCAAUGGGACGGGAAAUCCAGAGAACGAAGGCUGGGAAUAUUGCAUGAAGAAAGGACAGGGUCGAACUCCGAAACUUCCUUAUUUUGAUUGGACUGGGACAUUGAGACCAUAUCCUAUAUCUAGUAAGCAUGUGGUACCUGCUCAUAUUGAUUUACCUGAUUGGGCAGCUGAUGGAAUCCCAAAAGAGGAGCCCAGUAGUGACCUGCAGCGUGUUGUUGAGAUCAAAACUCCGGAUCAAAUUGAGAGGAUGCGAGAAACUUGUCGAAUUGCAAGAGAGGUUUUGGAUGCAGCUGCUCGUGUCAUACGACCUGGUAUCACGACUGAUGAAAUUGAUCGGGUGGUCCAUGAUGCUACUAUUGCUGCGGGUGGAUAUCCAUCUCCCCUCAAUUAUCAUUUUUUCCCAAAGUCUUGCUGCACGUCAGUCAAUGAAGUAAUUUGCCAUGGGAUUCCUGAUGCCAGGAAAUUAGAGGAUGGUGAUAUCGUCAAUGUUGAUGUGUCUGUGUUUUACAAGGGUGUCCAUGCUGAUCUCAAUGAUACAUACUUUGUGGGAAAUGUUGAUGAAGAGUCUCGACGGCUAGUCCAGUGUACUUAUGAGUGCUUGGAAAAAGCAAUAUCCAUUGUAAAACCUGGAGUUAGAUUUCGUGAAGUUGGAGAAGUCAUUAAUCGCCAUGCUACGAUGGCGGGAUUUUCUGUGGCGAAAUCAUAUUGUGGUCAUGGUAUAGGGGAGCUCUUUCAUUGUGCACCAAAUAUUCCUCACUAUGCAAGAAAUAAAGCAGUUGGAGUGAUGAAAGCUGGACAAACUUUUACGAUUGAACCAAUGAUCAAUGCAGGAAUUUGGCGUGAUCGAGUGUGGCCUGACGGGUGGACUGAUGUUACCGCAGAUGGAAAACGAAGUGCUCAAUUUGAGCACACACUUCUGGUGACUGAGACCGGAGUUGAAGUUCUUACAGCACGGUUGCCUUCAUCGCCAAAAGUGUACCCUUGGUUAGAUGCCUGAUCACUGCCUCUUGGUUAAAGUUGCAAACAGAGGGGUUCUAUUAUGGCAGGCAAUACAGGAGUAAAGCAAAUGUUGUGUUUUUUAGGGGGUCAUUCGUUUUUGUAACUUUCAAUUUUACAUUUUGGUUAAAGAAUGAUUUUCUCUGUCUGUUUUAUAAGAGCAAGACGAAUAAUGUUAUACAGGACAAUUGUAUGUUUUGGUUACGACAUGUUUGAUUUCAAAAGCACAGAGUCUAUAUUAGAUUUCAUGAUUUAAAUCUCA